UCUUUUAAUGUCCCAACAAUAGCCAGCCAGCAAGAAACAUUCUGCAUUCUUCUCCCCUUUCUCCCUCCCUCCCCUUCUCCCACCACCUGCUAUUUUAUAGCCUACCUCUACCCACUCCAUCAUUCUCUCUUCCAUGUAGUCUCUCCUCCUCCUCCUCCUCCUCCCCCACUUCUCUUCACUGAGAUCUAUCCCAGUUCUGGAUUCUUGUGUGUGGUGGACAUGGAGAGAUCAGUUGGGUUCCAGUUGCUGCUUCUCCUUGCUGUCGAAUGGGGAGUACUGCUCACAGCUGCUCACCCCUUCCCUCACCGUGAAAUCUCGGCGCUCGUCGCCCUUAAGCGGGCUGCAUUUGAAGACCCUUUCUCGGUUUUAUCCGACUGGAAUUCCCUUGACGCCAGCCCUUGCAACUGGACUGGUGUGAUCUGCUCCGCGAAUCAAGAUUGUGUGGUUUCGCUAAACCUGUCGGGCUCGUCGCUGAAAGGAUUUCUCGCUCCAGAACUGAGAUAUCUCGGUUGCCUGCAAGAACUGUACUUGAAUAAUAACUUGCUUUUGGGCACAAUACCCAUGGAAAUUGGAAUGAUAAAGAACCUUACUGUGUUGGACUUGAGUGUGAAUCGCCUCACCGGUCCUAUGCCUCCUAAACUUGGAGACUUGACCAGCAUCAUGAAAUUAGAUCUCCAUUCCAAUGGGUUGACUGGCGAUAUACCACCUGAACUUGGUAAACUGGAGAAUCUUGUGGAGUUACGACUAGACAGAAAUAGACUCGAGGGACAAAUUCCCGGAUCCACUAAUUCAAAUUUCUCUGCUACCUUGCAUGGCAUGUACACAUCUGACAAGAGACGAACUGGACUUUGCCAAUCAACCAAACUAAGGAUUGGCGAUUUUUCCUUCAAUUUUUUAGUUGGACAAAUACCAUCAUGCUUGAAGUAUCUUCCAAGGUCAAACUUCCAAGGAAACUGUUUUGGGGAUAAAUACUCAGUUUUGCAGCGUAGUCCUCAAUUAUGUGGCUCAGACAAAUACCAAGGAUUAGCCAAGGAGACUGAUAAACAAUCUACUGAAGGGCAAAAACACCAGGGUCCACAACAGCCAGAAUGGCUUCUGAUUCUUGAGGUCACUACAGGAGUUAUUGUGGUCGUCUGCAUUAUAACAGGAAUUGCUACCGCUGUUAGGUCUUGUAAGCUAAAAUCAUUUGUGAGAAUCCCCUGGAAGAAAACUAGGAAUUGGAAUGAUGAGACACCAAUAUUGAUAGAUGGAGAAUUGUUGAAAAAUGUCCCAGGAUUUAGCCGAGAAGAACUUGAAAUAGCUUGUGAGGACUUCAGCAAUAUAAUUGGAUCUUCUCCGGAUAGUAUAGUCUAUAAAGGAACAAUGAAGGAUGGGACAGAAGUUGCCGUCAUCUCCCUCUGCAUCUUAGAAGACCAAUGGACAAGCUGUCUUGAGUUCUCCUUUCACAAUAAAGUGGCAGAUCUGGCUAGGUUGAACCAUGAGAAUAUAGCAAAAUUGCUAGGUUAUUGUAAAGAAAGUGAAACUUUCUCAAGGAUGCUGGUGCUUGAUUAUGCAUCUAAUGGGACAUUAUAUGAGCAUCUGCAUUAUGGUGAUGGAUCCCAGUUAUCUUGGCUUAGACGCAUGAAAGUAAUACUAGGUGUUGCUCGUGGGUUGCGGUACUUGCACACGGAAUUGCAACCACCAUUUGUGUGCUGUGAACUGAGUUCAAAUGCAGUAUACCUUACUGAAGAUUUUUCUCCAAAGUUGGUUGAUUUUGAGAGCUGGAAAAUGAUAUUCUCAAAGUCUAAGAAGAAUGACGGUUAUAUUACUGAUGGGCUCUCGCUUCCUGGAUACAUUGAUUCUCAAGAGCAACAAGACAUGAUAAUACAAGAAAACAUAUUUGCUUUUGGAGUACUUUUACUGGAAAUAAUCAGUGGAAGGCCUCCAUAUUGCAAAGAAAGAGGGUGUUUGGUAAAUUGGGCCACAGAGUAUCUUCAACACUCAGAAGAGAUAGGAAAACUAGCAGAUCCUGAACUGAAAAAUGUGAAGUCAGAAGACCUUGGAGUUAUAUGCAGUGUGAUUAGCCUCUGCAUCGAACCUGAUCCUACGAAGAGACCAUCGAUGCAAAUAAUAUGUGCUGUGUUGGAGAAUGGGAUCGACUUGUCAGCAGCUGCCCUUCUCAAGGAAUCUCCUUUGGCAUGGGCAGAGCUAGCCUUGUCUUCAUAGGUAUCCUCCUUCCACCAUGUAAAUCGAUAGCAUACACAGGAAAUACCUGAUUUCAGCUUGACUUGAUCAUUUGUUUUUCCCCUUGGAUGUAAAAUUGUGCCUAGAGGUGAAUGCAAGGCACAGAAAGAUUGUAUUGUAUACACUUCAUUGUUUGGCAACCAUUGAGAUGAUAAAUAUAUGAAAGUGAGUUAACUAUUGUUUGGCA